GUGUUAUUGUUUGUAAUGUAGUGUUUCAGUUCAGGGCAGGAGAGUGGUGAAGCACAUCACGACUCGGAAGCCGAAGUUAUGUCAUUUUGUUCUUUCUUCGGGGGAGAGGUCUUUAAAGACCAUUUUAAAUCAGGGAUUUAUGUUUGUUCCAAGUGUGAUCACCAGCUGUUUUCCAGCCGUUCCAAGUACGAGCACUCGUCUCCCUGGCCGGCCUUCACAGAGACCAUCCUUGAGAACAGUGUUUCCAAACAUGAGGAGAGACCUGGAGCAUACAAGGUAAGGUGUGGGAAGUGUGGAAAUGGACUGGGCCAUGAGUUUGUGAAUGAUGGGCCAGCCAAAGGGUUGUCUCGCUUCUGAAUAUUCAGCAGCUCACUGAAGUUCAUCCCUAAAGAUAAGGUUGAUGGACAGUAAAGUGAGCUGUCAGAGGCAUGAGUUUCUGGACUUGUAGAAGUUUCUUUGUGCUGCUGAAGGUGCGGCCAGUGGAUGAUGAGCUCUGGUACAAAGCCCAAUCUGGGAGCACCAGGCCUCUGAUGAAUGGUGGCCACACCGGACAGCAAGAACAGAGAACUCUCAGCACCAUUUAUUAUGCAAUCAGCACAGACUCAAUAACCAGGAUCACCUCACUAGUGACAGUCACUGUCUCAUCGUUUUUACAUUGACACUUGAAUUGUCUCAUGGGGAGAAGAGACUUCAUGAUUCUGUAAGCUAUUUUUUACAGGGAGAGUAAGAGUGUUUGUUUACCUUCACAGUUUCCCCUGUAGUUCUGCAUUCUCAAAACUGUCAAAGUAAACAAACAAUUAUACCAGGCUUGCGCAUGAUGCUCUAGAUGCAGAAAAUGACUGGAUAUAAAUUCUGUUUUCAUCAAAUAAAAUAAUGCUGAUGCAGUCUGCAUCACUCUUGAAGAGCUUUAUGUAAAUGGAUCUAAAUUACUAAUGCAAAGAACUGAAAUAAAUAUAUUUUAGACAAAUAUAUUUUUAGACAAAAAAACCUGAUAUAUUUUGCUGAUAGUCUUGUUUUCAAACAUAAAAUCACUUUUUAUAGAUCAGAAAGUAAUAUAUUAUUAUUUUUUCCAUGAUGAAUAAAUAAACCACUUUAAAUCCAGUCACCUAUUUCUGUUUUUCUCUGGCUAUCAUUCAUUCAUAUUUAAUCAUUCUUCAAGUUAAAAAUGGCACACUCUGCCUCACUUUGACACUGGCUACUGCUCAGUGAUCUAAGUACUGCCAUCAUGUGGAAGUAAUGAGAAAAAGAUUGGGUGUUACACAAGCAAGACAGAGCUGUUGACACUUGAUCUGGACACACAGGUUUUUUUUUUCCAGCUUAGGCCCGGUGACUCUUUCCAAACAUGUUUCUUAACUAACUAAAGGCAAACUACUUCUGGUUGUAAGAGACUAAGACAUUUGACAUGGAUGAAAUGUCAUACUGUUCUUUUUCUGGUGGAGAAGAAUACAAAAAUCACUUCCAGCCCGGUGAGUGACAAAGAAGCAUGAGGUUGCAUGUGAACGGAGAUCGAGUCCCACUGUAGUAAAAAUAAAAGUCUGUGGCUCUUU